CAACAGCGCUAUAGUUUUAAGAAUUGCCACUAUAAACUAAAAACCAUAGAGCAACAAACUUGCAACUAACACAACGAAACGUAAAAUGGCGUCCGAGGCAUUCUGAUACUCUUGUCAGGUCUGCUCUAAAAAGUUUUUUUUUUUGCUAAUGUUUGUUAUAAAAAACUCAAUAUUAAUAAAUAAAUGUUUACUUGAAUUUAACCGGAAAUAAUUCAUAAUAAAUAAAUAUUGUAUCAAUACAGUGUAAAAGUGUUAAUAUUUGAAAUAUUUAAUUUCACAAAUACAUUGUUCUAUACCUUUUGAUUCCGUAACAAAACGUAUUAGUUUGGUGUUUAGAUAAUUUUUCCAUCAUCAACAUCAUUUGGAUUAGACAAAACUGAAGUAUGUUUGCAAUGUGAUGGAGUCUCGAUUUGAAUGGUCAAUAAGCACAACCAAGGAGUGCUUGGAAUAACUGAUAAAUAACAUUCCAGCCAGAUACAAGGUCACCACCAAGUCAACACUGGGCUUUUUUUUUUAUUUUAAAAGUUUUUAUUUUUAUUUAUUUUUUUUUUUUUCUAAAUAUUUUAAUUUUUGUAAAAUAAAAAAAAGAGUCCUUGACAUCAAGAAUUCAUCGCUACACCGGUGAGUUCCAACACAAAAUAUUGCUUGGUAGCAAGAAGGACUCAAAGCCAACUAACAAUGUCUGUACAAAGUGUUGCUCUGGCAUCUCUAACGGCCACCUAUACUGACUCGGAGGGUGAGGACGGUGCUGAUGAUGAACUUCAGGAGAAUUCAAACACACCCCAGGGGGCUGCCCCUCAUAAUGUUCAAAUUGGUCAGUCCCAGGGUAUCAACAGUCCUAAAUCUGGUAGAUCAGCAUCAAAUAGUCCAAUUGUUACUUCUACAAUUGGUAGUAAAUCAAUUAGCAGCUUGUCAAAUGCACCCUCCCUAGUUACAGAUGUAACAUCAAAGGUUCAACGUUUAGUUUCAUAUUUUGAUGAUACAGUUGUUUCUGAUGACGAGGGGACAGCAAUGGCUCUGGGUGAUGAUGAACCCUCAAUAAAUGGAGGUAUCAUAUUACCCGAGCAGUUGCCCUCACGUCAAGGAGAAUUAGUUUCAGAUGGCGAACCAGAUGCUGAUGGUGUCAUCAUACCACCUGAACCACCAGGUCAAUGUCCAACUGAAAUACAAGAAAAAUUAACACAAUUAUUUAGAACAAUGGAUCAUACUGGUCAUGAUAUGAAUCAAGUUAUACAAGAACGUAAAGAUUUUAGAAAUCCAUCAAUAUAUGAAAAAUUAAUUCAAUAUUGUAGCAUCAAUGAACUUGGUACAAAUUAUCCACCUGAACGUUUUGAUCCAUUUAGAUGGGGUAAAGAUUCAUAUUAUGAAGAAUUAGCAAGGCUACAAAAAGCUGAAAUGGAUAAACUUGAAAAAACAAGAAAAGAAAAAACUAAAAUUGAAAUUGUAUCAGGUACAGCAAAACGACCAAAUAAUUCAACAAUGACUGCUGAUGAAGAUGCAAAAAAAAGAAAAAGUAAAUGGGAUCAAGUAUCAACUGGUGCAACAUCAAUAAAACCUAAUGUUAUUUUACAACCUACACUUAGUAAUUUAUCCUCAGCCUCUGGGACAAAAGUUAUAUCAGCUUUUGGUUCGUUACCAAAGAAAAGACUGUAACAUACAUAUUUCUUACAUUUUAUUAUCAUUAAUGAUAUUAAUAUUAUAUUUUGUAAAAAAAGGAAGAAAAAAAAAACAAACAGGGAAAAAAAAAACGAAACAAAAAUAAUACAAGCAAGUUUAUGUACAUAAUUUUCUAAUAUUAAUAAUAAUGCCAUUGUUUUUGUCUUAUUAAAUUUAGUUAGCAAAAAAAUAUUUGACAUUUUUUUUUCUUUCAAUUAUAAUUAUUAUUUUUUGUGCUCGAUAAUUUUUUUUUGGCUUUUUAAAUUUUAUUUUACAAACUAUCAGAAUUUUACUGAACCGGUGAUUUUUCAAUUUGAGAUAAAUUGUUUAUAAUUAAAAAACAUUCCAAUUAAUUAUCAGUCAGAUUUAUUCAAAAAAAAUUAUUGUGACAAUUGUUUUUUUUGUUUUUUCUUUUUGUUUUUUUUUUUUUUUUGAUUUGGUAUUGUUUUACUAAUGGUUGUAAAUAUGUUUGAAAAGAUAACAAAAUUUCUUUUUUUUUUAGUCGUUAUUUUUUGUAGUAAAUUGGUGGUUUAUGUCUGUUUGAUAUUUUUGAUCACAUGGUUUUAGUUCUUUUUUUUUUCUUGCUAAUAAAACAAUCGUACUUUACUGACAAAAUAAAGUUAAUUAAAUAAAUGUAUAUUUUUGAAAAAAAUGUAAAGUUGAACAAAUUAAUACUGACGAUGAUACAGAUAAAUAAUUCAAUUCAAAUUAUCAACAAUACUGCCGUAGCCUAAUUGUAUAAUUGUUUAUAUGAUAAUAUUAAUUUAAUUUGUGGUCAAGUAUUGAUGGAUUACUGUUAGAAUCAUCAUGUCGAAACCGUGAUGUAGUUAAUUGUUGUAGUAAUAACAUAAUUUUUUUAUUGUUUAUUAUUUUUUUUUGUGGUCAAAAUAAUUAUAUUAGUCGAUGAGCCGCUACAUUCUUAAAAGUAAAAUUAAUGAACAGUGCUACCUCCAACGAGUCGGCAAAACUAUUGUUUGUCAAGAUCUCAGUCGUUAAUGAUUUUUGUUUUCUUAG